GAGCCAACCGAUGUAUAAAAAUAGCCAGGCACCAACACGCAUCACAGGUCAUGCAUGCAUGACGCUUUCGCUGCCGAAUUCAUGGUCAAUUGUAGGAUAAAUGCGCUAGUUGGGCGAACCGACAGAGUCCGACAUGCUCCGUUUUGGAGGUGCAGUGAAGCGGAAGUUGUCAGGCUCUCUGUAAGGUAGUUUUUGUCUACAAGAUGAUUGGAGAGCGAACGCUUGUUCUAUAUUCUGUAUCGGAUUGUGAUGAUAGCAGACGGGCUAAAUUAGCUUUGGAUAAAUGCACUGCUGAUUCACGAAAGAGCGAACCGGCACCAGUUGGAAUGUUAUUGCGCCUAUAAAUGAAUUUGCUGUUCCAUUUACAACAGAAUAUAUGGCUGCUCCGUUUCUUACGAUGGGAGUCCCGCUGCCGUAUAUAGGCCACCUAAACUGAAGAAAAUCAAAGGAAGGUGUCGUGGUAGGAGUGUCGUGGUUUGUUUUUCUAGUUUAUCAUUUGUCUCGCUAAUUCUCUGUUAAUGUAAUUUAGUAGUAGAAUAACAGGUGCAUGUGUUCCAGAGAGAGACUUCUCCCUUCUCGAAACCCAACCUGCUCUACCACGUUGCAAUAUAACCUACCUACACCGUUGGCUAGGCAGACACACACAGACUACAGUGCAGGUGGCUACAUUGUUGCUCUUCAUCCCCAGUAGGCUACUAAACGUCUCCUUGAGGAGAAGGACUAUUUCAGUUGGAGGAGGGAAGGAUGAAGGCAGACGAGGAAGCUCCUCCCCCCUCCCCAGGGCUGGGGGGUUCGGCGAUCCGGUGUCGGGAAGUGUGUCGGUCGUACGGGGAACUCAAAGUCCUGAGUAAUCUCAACUUGACCGUGCCACAGGGACAGAUCUACGGCCUGCUGGGUCCGAGUGGGUGUGGGAAGACCACACUGUUGAAAUGCAUUGUGGGAACACUGAAGAUCUCCCGAGGGCACAUCAGCGUGUUGGGGAAGCCGCCCGCAUUUCCUGGUCACCAGGUCCCUGGGAGGAUGGUGGGGUACAUGCCACAGGACCUUGCGUUGUACAAUGAGUUUACCAUCAGUGACACCCUGACGUUCUUCGGAAGGAUCCACGGCCUGUCAUCUACGGACACCCAGGCACGCAUGGACUUCCUGGUGGACUUCCUGGACCUACCUCAGAAGAGCAAACUAGUCCGAAAUCUCAGCGGAGGGCAGAAACGGAGGGUGUCUCUAGGAGCAGCCUUACUUCAAAACCCCCAGUUAUUGAUUCUGGAUGAACCCACAGUCGGGGUGGACCCUGUGCUGAGAGCCAAGAUCUGGCAGCAUCUAGUAGAGAUUGUGAAAACUGGAAAAGUAUCAGUCGUCAUCACCACUCACUACAUAGAGGAGGCCAGGCAAGCCAACGUGGUGGGUCUGAUGAGGAAUGGCCGACUGUUGGCCGAGGGACAUCCAGAAACCAUGAUGAAACAGCACAAUGCACCAACCCUGGAGAAAGCCUUCCUGCAGCUGUGUGAGACCUCAGACCAGGUGGGCUCCAAACACAGCACCUCCCCUCUGGGCGGAGUCCUAGAGAGCAGCCAAUCAUUCGAGAGCGGCCGGGACGAGAGUCUACCAAUCCUGGGAGCCGGAUCGGGACCAGUAGAAGAGCUGCCCAAAUACUCAGCGGACUGGAAGGUACGAGUCAGGCAUGUGAUGCCAAAGUGGAGGAACAUCGCAGCUCUGAUUAUCAAGACCACGGUGCGGAUGAAGAGAAUGCCUGGGUCCCUGUGUUUCCAGUUCCUUCUGCCAGUCAUCCAGAUCUCUCUGAUGUGUCUGUGUAUCGGAGGAGACCCCAAAGGAAUACAGGUGGCUGUGGUCAACAAUGAGACCUCCUCCAGCUCCUAUAGCCAAUCCCUGCUCUCCUUCCUGGACAACUCCAGCGUGCAACAGGUGAACCUGUCCCAUGCUGAGGCUUUUGCAGGGGCCUAUAACGGAGAGUACUGGGCCGUCAUCGGGUUUGGAAAGAAUUUUACCAGCUACCUGACCAAGAGGAUGAUCCAGCGGCAGGUCUCUAAGGAGGUGGUGGAUGGAGGGUCGGUGCACGUCUGGUUGGACCUGACCAAUCAACAGAUCGCCAUGAUGCUUCAGAAGAAACUAGCAGAUGCCUUUGAGGACUUCGUCCAGUAUAAGAUGGGGAGCAUGUCUUACCUGGUCUCUCUUCCUGUCAAGUUUGAGGAGCCCAUCUAUGGCAGCAUGAACUCAGACUUCACCACGUUUGUGACGCCAGGAGCCGUUCUGAGCAUCACUUUCUAUCUGGCAGUGGGCUUGACGGCUCUGUCCUUCGUGAUAGAGAGGAAGGAGGGACUAAUGGACAGGUGCUGGGUUGCAGGUGUUAGUUCGUUGGAGACUGUGCUGGCCCAUCUCAUCUCCCAGCUGUUUGUCAUCAGCAUCCAGGUCAUUCUACUACUGCUCUUAAUGCUGCUCGUCUUCAAGAUUCCUAAUGAGGGGAGCCUGGUGUUGGUUAUAGCUCUGAUCGGGCUGCAGGGUGUGACUGGCAUCUCCUUUGGUCUGGUCAUCUCAUCUGCCAUCGAUGAUGAACAGAACGCCAACCAAGCUGCCCUUGGUGUCUUCUACCCCAACCUCAUCGUCAGUGGUAUAAUCUGGCCUGUGGAGUGCAUCCCCUAUCCACUACGUUACAUCAGUCUGGCCCUGCCCCAGACCUACGCUUCUGAAGCCCUACGAUGCAUCAUGUACAGAGGUAACACACAUACACACGUUAUCCACUAGCAAUUAGCUACACAACACAGUACAUUGAAGCUUAUAUCCUGUCUGCACAG